UAAAAAUAACUAUAUCCAAAUAAUGCAUUCAUAAAUUAAAAAUAACCAAUUAUACUAUCAUAUUUUUCAGAAACAACUACGAAGGAAUUUCAUAUAGUGAAAGAAGCGCAAAAACAUUCGUUGUCUACACUAUUAUAUAAGUCUCUCUCAAUGUAUCUUACUAAACAAGUAUUAGCAAACUGGUCGCCAAAUCGACUUGGAAACUUGUUCUUAAUAUAACUCAAAGCUGAAAAUGCUAUUUUUACACUUGCAGUUGCAACUGGUAGAUCAAAACUAGUGGGAUUGUCGUUGUCGCUAGACAAUUUCAGGGUUGUUGGGGAAAAGAUCGAAUAGGCAUAAGGAGAAAAGAGACCCGGUUAGUUCUUUAUUGCAAUUGGAAUUUCGUUUAUUGUAUAAUAAAUUAAAUUUAUGUCAAUUUUGGACAAGUAAUGAGUUGUGUUGUAGUGACAAAGUACUCUAAUACUACCUAUACGUAUUGUGUUCCAUCACCAAUAUAAAUAUAUAUAGCGUAUUUUUGUUCCGUCGAAAUUUACCCCUGUCCCGGGACAAGGCCAAAAGGCGUUGCCUCCGCCACUGCUGACAAACUACCACAAAAAGUGAGAGGAGUUAUAAUGCAAGAAAUUUUUAAAAAAUAAGAAUUACAAAGGAUAGUAAACACGCAAUGGAGUUAAAUAAAUAGAAAAUGUUUAGGCAAAAUUCAUCUGUAUAGCCAAAACUUUCACGUUUGUGACAAUAAUAGUCACUUUUGGCGAAAUACAGAAAAUAGCCAAAAUUUUGAAAGUUUCAUGACAAAUGUAGCCAUUUCCGUUAAAUAUUUUAACUGCGUCAGUGACACCGUUAGUCAAAUUAACAGCACGCUUACCUGACUGCCAACUCACCCUCUUUUUCAUUUUCACCUCAACUCCGAUAACAGGUGGAUGCCAAGUCAUAUUAAAAAUUUAAUUUUUUAACAAAUUAUUUUUUUCAUAUAAUUCUUAUGUUCUUUUCCCCUCACUUCAUCUUCUCCGAUUGAAUCUCUUCUCCUUAUCCUUAUUCACCAAACUUCUCCCCCAAUUCUCCCCGGAACGAGAACCAACCAGCGACGAGACUCACACCAGCUAUGGCCACAAAAAAAAAAAUGAAAAUCACACACACUCAAUCGGGAAUAAAGAAUUGGAUGAAGCUAUCAAUUGGAUAUUAGGGAUUUGAAAGAACGCUAAAGAUGACAAUGUUGUCCCGAUGUUCGCCUCCCUGCCUCGCAUCGUGCCUCAUCCUUUUCUUUGCCUCUGUUGCCGGCGAUGGAUAUUGAAACGAGGAGGAUGGCGCACCAAGAAGUCGAUGGCGACUUGGGGGAGGAGGCAUCAAGAAGUCGAUACCUUCGUCGAGGGAAUCUAUUUCAAUGGUGGUUUGGGAGGUGGAAGACAGAAGCUCCUUUCCUUCUCCCUCGGCGAGAUUUGGUCCGGAUAGAGAAUCACCUCACGACCCAACAGCGAGAUCUGGUGUCAACAUCCGAGCUGGAGCAGCCGCCGUCGGACAUAUCCAACCUCUGUCCAUAUCGGCUUCGCACCCAACGGCUCUGUCGCCGACCACAGUGAAGACGACAGUGACUUCUGGGCACCUUCCAUCUUGGACAGCUCCAAUUUCUGGUCAGCCGAAGAAUCUCCGGCGUGAGCGGGUUCAGGGUCGGGAACCUUCCCAUCGUGCGCUAAAUCUGGAGAAUCGGAGGUAGGUUUAGGGUUUUCGAUUUUGGGGGUUUUCUGCUUCUUGGGAGACUCAGCUUGGGAGAUGCACAGAAGAUGGUAUAUGAAAUGGAGUUGAAACGAAAUUCCUUGAAGGAAGCAACAAUGGCUUUUGAUGGCUUUCCGAAUAUGUUGAAGGAGUGAAGAGGCGAUUGAUUUAAGGUCAACAUUGAAUGGAAGAUUGCAUAGAGUAGAGAGACGGGAGAGAUAAAAUAAAAAUAUUUAAUUUAUAUAUUUUUAACAUAUUUUUUAUUAAUUAACUGUCGCCAAUUCAGCAAUGCCGUUAGUCCAGUUAGUCCGUUACUUGACACCGUCAAAGAAUUGGACGGAAAUGGGAAUUGGACGGAAAUGGCUAUUUUGUGUAUUUUCGCAAAAGUGACUAUUAUUGGCAAAAUCGUCAAAGUUUUGGCUAUACAGAUGUAUUUUACCAAAUGUUUAAAUAAAACUCUAGUUGACAUAAUUAAACCAAAAAUUAAAUCAAUUAAUUAAACCAAAGUUUUGCCAUCUGCCGGAAGGGGUCGCCGACUACUGUGGACCAUCGAGAUUGAGUUAAAUCCCUAGGUUAAUUUGUGGUUGUGUCGGUGAGGGGACCCAUCGGCGGAUCCAGAGGAGGGCCACACUGGGCCCGGGCCCAGCCCUCCCAGCCCUCCUGAAGUCCUGGCCUGGUAAAGAGGCUUUGCUUUCAGCAUUCUCAACACUUUGGGCCUAGCCCUCUCUACCCAUUAAAUAAAAAACCCAACUCCAAAAGACCAAAAGUCCAAAACCCAAAUUUCAAUUAACCUCUUUGCCCCAUCCGUUUUACCUACCGCCAAAAAAUCAAAGGGAAAAGGAUCUCAUUCUUUGUCUGCGCGCCAUCCGCACUUUUCGCUGCUCCGGCGAAAUACUCUUGCUGCGACGCUGCUUCCCUACACAAAAGAUGACCAGCAACCUAGCUCCCAACGAACCCAACCUUCCAUUUGUCGUCCUAUCUCUUCUGUAGUUGGAUAAUAGUUAGUUUCUUAAGAGAUAUGAAUGAGUAAUUUUGUGCAUUAAUGUAAAAAUUCAGAUUUGGCUUUUCUCGUAUAUCAUCUCGUGUAGAAUUUAUAUCCAAUUCUAUUUAGAAGCUACUCGAUUUAGUUCUUAUUAAAACGUGUAUGCAACGUGUUAAACAUGCGUAUAUGUAUUUUAUACGUGAAGGAUCACAAAUAAAAUUGUUAAGUGCUA